UCAAUUUGGUUAGGAGCCACGAUUUUCUCAAACAUACUGCAAUCUAGCCACUUGCAUGAAGAUUGUAAUUAAACAAAUAUUUAAUAUAGCAAAAUACUUGAGUGAAAGCAAGAUACCAUAUCCUAUUAUAUUAUAUAAUUUUCUUAUAUAUAUCCCUUAUCUAGUACUAUAAUAUAACAACAACCAUCAACCUCUAAUUAACAAGUUCCUAUUCAUAAAACAUGUAUGCUUCAACUUCCCUCACUUCACAGUAUGAGCUUCUUGUGAAAUCCAACACUAGAAGGUUACUCUUCCAAGGCCCAAUUGAUAAUCAACCACUAAACAACCACACUUCAACCGACUCCUCGUAUUUUGGAGUUCGUGAAUUUGAUUCUAACGUUGUGAUGAUACUUGCAGUGUUAUUGUGUGCUCUUAUUACCUCACUUGCAUUAAACUCCAUCAUAAGAUGUGCCUUAAAACUUUCUAACGAAGCCAUCAACAACAACCAAGCUUCACAACAGUUGGCUAAUAAAGGAAUCAAGAAGAAAGCUCUCAAAAAGUUCCCCACAUUGAACUAUUCAACCGAGAUGAAACUACCUGGUUUGGACACAGAGUGUGUCAUAUGUCUCUCCGAGUUUGCCAAGGGUGAAAAGCUACGGAUUUUGCCUAAAUGCAACCAUGGUUUUCAUGUUCGUUGCAUUGACAAAUGGCUAAAGGAACAUUCAUCUUGUCCCAAGUGCAGACACUGUCUUCUUCAAACAUGUCCAAAGGUUGGUGAGUCACAGGUGCAACCAAUUGUGCUGCCAGUGCCGGAAAUCACUGUACGGAUUCAACCACUAGACCAUGAAGCUGUUGAACGUAACUAUAGGGAAGAAAGAAGAUAAAUGUUCAUUAUACUUUGAAGCUUUUAGUUGCUUUAGGUUGAUCCCAAAUGUAAAUAUAAAUUAGUUAAAAUUUGGAGAACAAUUUUUUUUAUACAACUAAGUACUAAAAUUGAAACUUUGACAUUGGGAAAAUAUU